AUGGAACGUGAAGAAUUAGAUAUCUAAAUCAAGGAACUCUAAGCCAAAGCUGAAGCCUUUUUUGCAGUAGCCGGAAAAGAAGAAAUUGAGGUCUAUCGUAUUGAGAAAUUCGAGCCUGUAAGAUAGGAUCCUCAAUUCCUGGGCAAAUUCUAUGAUGGCGAUUCAUAUGUUAUCCUAAAGCUUAAUGAAAAGGAUUAUGAUAUUCACUACUGGCAUGGAAAGUUUGCAUCUGGGGAUGAACAAGCAACAGCUGCUGCAUUCACAGUAUAACUUUCAGAAAAUCUUUAACUUGCAUCGAGACAUCAUUUGGAGUUAAUGAUGGAAGAAGGACAUCUUUUUAUGUCUUACUUCAAGUCUGGAAUCUUUUAUCUUGAAGGAGGUGUUGAGUCUGGAUUUAAACAUGUUGAGCCAAAGACCUAUGAGACUAAAUUAUACAUUAUCAAAGGUAAAAGAUACCCCAGAGUAUGGACAGUUCCAAUUCAGGCUAGUUCAUUGAAUGAAGGCGAUGUUUUUGUCCUAGAUAAGGGAAUGAAAUUAUACUUCUGGCCAGGAAAGGAUUGUAACGUUAAUGAGAAGAUGAAGGGAAUGGAAAUUAUCUUCAAUAUUAAGAACAGAGAAAGAGGAGGUCAUCCAGUUCAUCUAUACCCAAGAGAAGACGACCAAGCAGAGGUUGAAUUUUGGGCAGAGCUCGGAGGAAAACCAGAGAGCAUUAAUCCAGCAGUACCAGAUGAGGGAGUUGAAGGAGGAAGUGGUUCUGGUGACUAAACUUAUCAUUUCUAUAAGGUAUCAAAUGAGUCUGGCUCUCUUGAAUUAUCAGAAAUCACUGAGAGACCUCUUAAAAAAGAUCACCUAGAUACCAAUGAUACUUUCAUUCUUGAACUUCCUGAUAUGAUUUAUGUCUGGAUUGGCAAAAAAUCAAAUCUUGAAGAAAAGAAAAAUGGCAUGCUCACUGCAAAAAACUUCAUUGAACAAAAAGGCAAACCUAAGAAUACUAGAAUUACCAGAUUGCCAGAGUUUGGUGAGGAUGUUCACUUCAAAUCCUUCUUUAAUGGUUUCUAUCCUUGCAUUGCACAAGACUACGGUGUUGCAAAAGGUUUUGAUGCCAACACUGCUAACCUUGAUAUAGAAAAGAUGGCAAACAAACAAAAAGAGGCAGCAAAGCAAUUGUUUGAUAUGCUUUAAGAUUACAAUAUGAGCGUCUAUGUUGUUGAAAAUGGAGCCCCAGUGAAGUUAACUGAAAGUGAAUAUGGCCAUUUCUACUCAGAUGAUAUCUACAUUAUUGAUCUACAAGGUAAAAAACAUAGAUAUGUAUUAAUGUGGAUGGGUCCAAAGCUUGAGGCUGAAUAAUAUACUUAAACUAGCACAUAUAUGGAUCUUGUGACAAAUUAUGAGAAUUCAAAUCUCAUUACAAGAAGCAGAGUUAGAAGAGGUCAUGAAGAGGAGAGCUUGCUUUCAUUGUUCCCUAAUGGUUUCAUUACUCAUCAAGGAAAGAGAGUUCCAGUCUCAGAUAAAAUCAAUCAUAUUAAUGCUAAUGGUAUCAUGCUUAGAAUAUAAGCUCCAUUUGGAGCUUCAGGUAGAGCUAUUGAGUAACCAGACAUUAAGUGCUCAAACUUGAAUAGUGGUGAUGCUUAUUUGGUUGUAGCUCAAGGUGGUCAAACUGUAUAUUUAUGGUUAGGUGAGGGUGCAAAUGAGGUUGAGGAAAAGCUUGGAUAAACUUUAAUAGAACAAAUCUUUGCUCAUGUUCCAGUGAAAAUUACUUUUAAGGAGGGCUAAGAGCCAGAGGAGUUCUGGUCAGCUCUAGGAGGAAAAACUUAAUACAGUAAUGUGAAGGAGACUGGCAUUGCUACAGGAUUUGAACCAAGAUUAUUCCACUGCUCAAACUCUCAUGGACACUUCUACGUACAGGAAAUCUUCAACUUUUCUCAAGAUGACAUGAUGAAUGAUGACAUCAUGCUUUUAGAUGCUUACCAAACAAUCUAUGUUUGGAUAGGAAACAAGUCAAAUGAUUUUGAAAAGAGAGGUGCUUACAAAUCAGCUUAGAAGUACAUUGAUGGUGUUAGAGACGAAAGAGAUAAGAGUAAUGUCUAGAUUAUAGAGAUUGAAGCUGGCAAAGAGACAACUUCUUUCACAGUUUAAUUCCCUGAGUGGAGACUUGAAAAAGCUUAGAAAUGGCUAGACGAAGACCCAGUUAAGCAGUUAAAAGGAAACUUACUAAGAGGUCUCACCACAAAGGUUGAAGAAGAGAGAAAAGAGUAGUCCAAAUGGCUUGAUCCCAAAUCAAACAAAUUUGAUUAUGAGCAGCUCAAAGGAAAGUUCCCAGAAGGUGUGGAUCCCACCAAGAAAGAAGCAUAUCUUAAUGAUGAGCACUUCAAGGAAGUUUUUGGUAUGAAUCAGGCUGACUUCUACAAUCUUAAAAAAUGGAAGCAGCAAGAGUUAAGAAAGGCCAAGGAGCUUUUCUGA